ACCAUGUUCACCAUCAAGGCCACAUAUCGCUCAGAAACCCGCAAGUUCUCGUUCACAGAGUCGUCGGCUUUCCCGACCUACGACCAGCUCUAUCAGCAGCUGUAUCGUAUCUUCCCUAUCUCAAACUCAUACUAUCUUUCUCGUCUACUCUUCACUUCCUCUCCUUCUAAUCCUACCUCUCGCAUUCUCAUUGGCAUGGAAGCUCACAACGAGCAAGAGUACAACUCUCACAUCAAACCUUACCGUAACAAAGAGUGGCCCGGCGCUCUCCUUCGUUUCUCCGUCUUUGACGAGACUCCUCAUAAGCUCCCUGCUACCAUCAUGCCCGCUCCCACGUCGAGCGACGUAGACCAUACUGUGGCGCAGCAGCCGUCCCAGGACGAUGCCACAGUCACCUCCAGCGGCGCAGAACCCCUUGACGACAGCACGGCGCGAAGGCACAGACAUCAUCACCACCAUAACCGACAGUCUCACGGUAGAUGGUGGAAGGCUGAUCAGAACACCUCAGCCCCGCUGUUCGUCAGUCCUCCCCCACCGCCCCUCCCCCUUCUUCCAUCAGCAUAUUACGGACUUCCGCUCCCCCCUCCACCUCCACCUCCCGUCCGUCACCUUCCCCACCCACCUUCUCGUUCUUCAUACCUAGACAGAGAUGGACUUUCUAUCCCACCGCCACCGCCCCCUCCGCGUCCUUUCUGGUUGGCGAGGGAGUCCGACUCCGACAACGAAGCCAAGGGCGAGAAACACUCGGCGCAACUUCUGCAUACUCAUAAGCGCCCGGCUCCUCCGCCGAGGCCCUCCAGCUACGCUAGUGUAUCCUACGACGAUGUCAAGUCUGCCAGAAAUAGCACUACAUCAGUCAAACCGAGUAACCCACCUACGCCAGCCGCGGGCUCUAGCGCCGAGGACAGCGCCUCCAUCAGACGUCCCAAGGUGUCUCUUUCGACCUUGAGGGAUGAUCUUCUUCACCGGUAUUCUUCGGACAUGACGAAGCCACCAGCUCCACCUCCUAGGCCUCGUCCCGUCAGCUGGGCGCCCUCGAAUAAUCACGCGGGAGAUCACUCUUGGAACUCUGAUGUCCCGCAUAGUGACCUCUGGACCUUGUAUCCCCCUCCUGGUCCUCCUCCGCUUUAUCCGAGCUUCACCUCCCGCAAGCCUGUUCCUCGCGAACUUCCUGAACCGGCGUCACGGCCUAUAGCCCUCUCGGACAGGAUCUUGGGGCCUCUUCCGGAGGGGGCUGAGAGGUCUUCGUCGACGCGCUCUUUGACGACUGAUGAUGUCAUCGUCAAGGGUAGGAGGGACAACAUGAAGAAGUUCAAGGAGGAGGUGAAGGCUCUGCAGGGGCGCACGUCCGCGAUUAGCGAAAGGAGUGGUGCGGCUUCUAACCCCGCCACCCCCGCCUCGCCCUCUUCGUUGCGUGCAGCCGACGUGAGGGAUAUCGCCAGGAAGGUGACGAUGAUGAAGCUCAGGUCUCAAGCGAUAGAUGCAAUUCAUCGUGACUUUUCCGGCUCUUCGAAGGGCAAGGGCAAGGAGAGGGCUCACGAUGCUGUCGAGGAGGACAGGCGAGCUGCCGCGGACCUCAUCCCUGAGAGUGUGAGGCAAGAGUUGGAUAGCAUCGAGGCGGAGGAGGAGAGGUAUCGGAGCCGGUCGUUGGACAAGCCGCAGCGUGUUGUGCCGCUGCCCAAGGUCCCCUUGAACCCGGAACUCCUCGAGUCUCUUCAAGGUCCCUCGAACGCCUCCGCUCCCUCCACUAACCCCGCGGAGGUCGAGAAGGAGACUCAGGAGCAGUGCUGCGACGUUAAGAAGGGCAAGGAGGAAGUCAAGGAGAUGAUUACUUCGUUCAUCAAGAACCUCGACAAGAUGAUGGGCGAUACCUUCGCGGAUCCCGAGCCGCCUGUUCGUGAGGCUGCGGCCACCCCUCGGCCUGCCUCUUCCGAAGAUGUGGUUGUUUCGGCGUUCGAGAACCCGCAGCCGAAGGUUCACACGAACAUCAUCUGCGAUGUGUGCGAGCAGACCGUCGUAGGCACGAGGAACAAGUGCUUGGAUUGUCCUGAUUACGACAUGUGUCCAACGUGUUAUGCCAACAAACGCCACCAGCACGACGGCAGCCACGAAUUCUUCGCCAUCGAAGAGCCGGGUCAUGUCUAUGUGCAUACUGUCUUCUCUGGGUUGGGUGAAAAACGUGGCGCUGGUGCUGACCACACUCAUUCGACGAGGUGCACGCAUGCCACCGAAGCGCCUGUCGCGACUCCAGCUGUGAACACUGCUUCCCUCACUCCCACCGUUCCCGAGGCAGCGUCGACGUCUACGAAAGCCGAGGUCUUGCACAACGCGACGUGCGACAUGUGUGAUUCUAGGAUUAAGGGCAUCCGUUGGAAAUGCCUCAAUUGCCCGGACUUCGACACCUGCAAGUCCUGCUUCGCUAUCGUCCCUAUCCAACACCCUGGACACUCCUUCGUCCGCGUCAACUCGCCCAAAGACCUCGUCUACUACAAGAAUCCGAACUCGCAGGCCAUUCCGUUCGGAAGCCUCGGCGCGAGGAUUGCGUCGACGCCGCCGAAGCACAGGGCAAGGUGUGAUGUUUGCUCGAAGGUCAUCGUCGGUGUGAGGUACAAGUGCAUGCAUGCUUCCUGCCCCGACUACGACCUCUGCGCUUCCUGCGAGGCUCACCCUAUCCCUCAACAUCCUACCAACCACCCCUUGCUCAAGAUCAAGGAGCCGGGCGUCACUAUCCCCAAGAUCGUGAGGGAUGUUCCCGUUCCAGCUGCUCCUGCUCCCACACCAGUGGUCCGUCUGCCGCCUUCGAUGCCGGCUCCAGAGCAAUUGCCUAUGUUCCCGACUGGGUUGGAGGUCCCUCUCACCCCCGAAGUCAGAAGCUCGAUGCCGGUUCCAGAGCAACUCCCUAUGUUCCCAACCGGGUUGGAGGUACCUUCCAGCCCGGAAAUCAAGAGCCAUGACGUCGAUGACGUCGAGGUCGAGAUCAACCGCAGUUUGAACCCGUUCAGCGACGACAAGAGGGUUCCCACCAUCAUCGAGGCUAUCAGCGCUGAACCCGUCGAGCCUGCUUCGGGCCGCUCGACUCCGGACCUCUAUGCCUUGACGCAGAGCCCGCCUCACAGUCCCGAGGUGCUUACGACCCCUCUUCCCGAACUAGGGCCGACUGAGAUUCCUGCUCCCAUUCGGAGGGAGGCGGCUCCUUCCAUGACGAUGUCAGCUUCGCGUCCUGUGUCGAUGGUCACCGACGACGACUCAACCGUCGUGAUGGGCGCUGCAUCCGAGGAUUAUCUUGAUCUGACCCCCUUCCGUGCCGCCUUCAUCGAGGACAACAACAUUCCGGAUGGUCAGAUCUUCCCUCCUGGUGCCGAGUUCGUCAAGAGCUGGAGAAUGAAGAACGAAGGAUCGAGGGCGUGGCCGCAGGAGACCAAGCUCGUGUUCAUCGCUGGUGAUCAGAUGGGCUCCAUGGGCAGCGGGAAGAUCGGGUCGAAGAGGGUCGGGACCGUGAUGCCUGGCGACGAAGUCGACGUAUGGACCGGGGAACUCAAGGCUCCUGAAAUUCCGGGAAGGUACAUGGGUUAUUGGAGGUUGAGCGACGGGCAGGGCAAGCAGUUCGGGCAUUCGAUCUGGGUGGAGAUCGUCGUUUCCGAGCCGCAGAGGGCUAUGUCUGCGUUGAGUGUGGAGGACGGCAGCGGUGAGGACAGUUUGGCGGCGUCGUCGGUGAUCAUGCCUCAUUCGGCGCCUGAGAGGUCGCGGAGCUCAACGAUGACCACCGGGAUGGGAAUGGUCGACGCGGCGGAUGUGGCGCAGCAGGAUGAGGCGACGACGGCCCCGAUGACGGUCAGGUCGUCUAGGACGAACACGCUGAGCGAUGCGGGGUCGGAUUUGUCGAUGAUUGAUAUUCCUUCGUCGGAGGAUGAGGAGGACGACGAUGUCUUCGAGGAUUCAAGGGAGAGGUUGAGCCCUUUGAACAUGGGAAUCGGUGCUGACGGUGCGGCCGCGCUUUCAAGGGCUGAGGAGGAGUAUGUCGUGUUGUAUGACAGCUCAGAUGAUGAGUGAGCUGUCGACGACGACGGAACAACGUUUGCAUUACUUGAUUCUGCUUGGACCCCACCAUAAAUAUACAUGCAUGCCUCCUUUCGUUCGCUCUUGUUUUUUUAUUCUUGUCUUGCCUCACCCAUCCCCUUGUCCUCGUAUGCAUACUUCGUCCUCACGGCCUACUAGUAAUGGUUCAGAUCUCUUUGUUGAGAUGCUGAAUCACCUUUCACUCACCCUCUUUUUUUUUUUUUGUGUACUUCUAGUUGACCAUCCUCAAGCAGGACGAGAACGACGGUGUUUCGCUCUGUCUUGCAUUUUCUUGGUGUGAUGAUUGAUCUCUCAUGCUCCUUGCUUAUUUGUGGCCUCUUAUUCAAGAGUGGUGGUCGGUCCGUGGUUCGUUGUGGCUCGUCCUCGUGGACUGACAUUCACGUCUUUUAGUAAAACAAAUGUUCUAGUCAUUUCUCAGUGUUGAGUUCUCGAAUCGUCGUUGGUUUGCGCAUCCCGUGUUGUAU